UCGCGGUCACUGGAGCAAAAGCAGUCGCUGGCGCCUGUUCCUCUCAGUCCGAAGACCAUGUCCUUAGCAGAAGGUGCGUCGGACACCGAACACAGGCAGGAAGACGAGAAGGUCAAAAAUUCGGAUAAGCGCGGUUCGAUGUCUGACCAAUACAUGUGGAAGGAGCAAAUCCACACAAUGAUGAAGGGCGGAGAGAGCGAGUCCGAUAUAUCCGAUUCCGAGCACUUUCUCACAAAGGGCGCAUUCCUUCUCACUCCCUCCCAUGGCCUAAGUAUGGAAAAGGCGUCGACAAUUUGCGAAAAAAUGGAGUUCAAAGGAUGCUUCUCGCUGACGAAAACAGCUACGGGAAUAUUGUUUAAGUUCUCAAGUGUGGAUGACUACCAGAUGGUCUUUAAGAAGGGCUUCCACAAGGUUACCGGAUCGAGGUUUUAUAGAAAGAUCGCCAUACCUUGCCGGCCACAAAAGACGUUCACGAUCUACGUCUACGACAUCCCGGAUGAGAUCCCGGAGGAGGAUGUCCGCCAUGCUCUGUACAAAUACACUUCGGUAGUAGAAGUGGUCCGCUUGCAUUAUGCUGGAUCUCCGAGGGAAGGGAAUACUGGAACAUCCACUCCAAAACCCUCGGAGAAGUCACCUCGUGCCAUCACCACUAUCGAUGGCGAGCUGGUGAGCAGCAUGGUGCCGAAGGAAGCUUCCAGCGUGAUUCGUGUGACCCUCGCCAAUAUAGAGGAGGCGAAUAUACUGCUGCAGAAUGGUCUGGACUUCUAUGGCGCUACGUACUUUCCGACAGAGCUGGGAACUCCAGCCCAGGCAGCUAAGAUGAUUAAACCUAGCAGAGUCUAUACUUCCAGGGUGACUGGAGGUACGGUGUCUGCGCGUGUGAGGGACCUCUUACCAGUUUUCGACCAACAGGGCUUCGCUAAAUUCGCCCCACCAGCAUCUAGAUUAGUGAAGCCUAGAUCUAAGUAAAAACGACCAAAACGACAUUGCAUUUUUUUCUGAGCAAAAAAAAAUUUCAUUAACAAGAUUUUUUUAACCAUAUUGUGUCAUUAUUAAUCAAGAAAUUUUGUAAAACAUUUUUUCCGUAUUAAUUAAUAUAUCACUUUAUUCUUUAUAUUUAUUUUUUUAUGAUUGUACCAGAAUGCAUUUAAUUGUUAUCAACAAAAUGCUUUUCGAGUGUUACUAAUAUGUGCCAUUUUGUAAUAAUUUAAUAAACUCAUUGAAUUUAAA